AUGACGCCUGAUCUCUCAUUCGAGAAAUUCCAUAACAUCGUCGCGGGGAAACCGCGUGGCUCUGAGAAAACCUCUCAUACCGUUGACCCUGCAACCCUCGAAAACCUAUGGGAAAUCCCCGUAGCCACGGAGCGGGAUGCUGACAAUGCCGUCACAGCAGCUAAGGAUGCCUUCAAGACUUGGAAGAAGACGCCAUUCGAGGAACGAGUCGAAUUGUUGAAAGCAUGGGGCGAGGCCUGCCGACCCUACCUGAAGCAAUUCGGCGAGCUGAUCAUGAAAGAAAAUGGAAAACCGGUAUGCUCGGUUUUCUUGGUCUGCACAGUCUCUCUGAAGAUGCCCGAAGAAGACCACAUUGUAAACGACCGGAACUACCAUGUGAGAUACACACCUGUAGGGGUUGUCGUUGCCAUCUGUGCCUGGAACUUUCCUCUCGGUCAGCCGAUCAUGAAAGCCCUGCCGGCGCUGAUGGCCGGUAACUGCUGCAUUGUCAAGACCUCUCCCUUCACACCUUACAGUGGGAUGAAGGUGGUGGAGCUAGCUCAGAGGUUCCUGCCCCCGGGGGUCCUCCAAGUGCUCAGCGGCGACGAUAGACUUGGCCCGUGGCUCACCCAUCAUCCCGGUGUCGACAAAAUCUCCUUCACGGGCUCAACUAAAUCAGGAAGAAAGGUGGCAGAAGCCGCUGCCAGAGGCCUCAAGCGCAUAACGCUUGAACUUGGUGGAAAUGAUCCAGCCAUUAUAUGCCCUGAUGUUGAUGUUGACAAGAUCGCCCCUGACCUUUGUUUCGCGGCUUUCUGGAACACAGGACAGGUUUGCACCGCGGCCAAACGGAUUUACAUCCACCAAGACAUCUAUACACCUAUGCUCGACGCAAUGGCUCGUGCAGUACACAAGUGGAAGGUCGGAGCUGGGACGGAAGAUGGUGUCAUGGUUGGUCCGAUGCAGAAUGAAAUGCAAUACAAAAAGGUCAGAGGACUCUUCGAAGAGGCAAAGCAGAAAGGCUAUGCCGCAUGGUUCGGUGGAGAAGUGAGGGACACCAAGGGGCUCUUCUUAGAUCCUACCAUCAUUAACAAUCCGCCGCCCAAUUCAACUCUUGUGAUGGAGGAGCAAUUCGGACCAAUUGUGCCGGCGCUUCCCUGGUCGAGCGAAGAAGAAGUCAUUCAAAGUGCGAACAAUACCUCGAUGGGCCUGGGAGCGAGCGUCUGGACCAAAGACUUUACUCGAGCCCGACGAAUCGCGGAGCAGCUCGAGGCUGGCAGCGUAUACAUUAAUAGCUACGAGAAGGUCUCCUUCCGAGUACCAUUUGGCGGUCACAAAGACAGCGGCAUUGGAUUCGAGUGUGGUCCGAACGCUUUGAUACCAUUCUGCAACAUGCAGGUGUUGCACUACAACUUCAAGACGCAAUAG